UUCCUCCGCCGAGAGACCAAGAAGAAGAAGAAGAUAACGAAAAACACAAAAACAUGAACGGAGCUUCACUCUGCAAUUCCGUUUUGCUCCAUUCUCAUUCUCUUUCUCGUUUAAAGUCACCGUGUUGCUUCGCUUCUUCGUCUUCUUCAUUUACAACGUCUACGUUUAUCUCAAUUUCUCAUAGAACUCGACAGAGUUUUAGAGCAGUCGUUGUCAAAAGGAGUAAUGGGUUUCGUUUAUUCGCCGUAAACAAGCGACGAAGUGGCGAUUCCGGUCGUAUGGUGUCGGAAGAUGAUGAGGAGGAUGAGGAUGAAGAUGAGGAUGAAGAUGGGGAUUGGGGUGAAUUCGAUGAAGAAGGUGAAGGAGAAGAAGAUGAAGAUGAAGGAGAGUUUUUGCCAGUGGAUAAGAUGAAGAAAUGGUUAGAGAGAAGGCCUCGUGGAUUUGGGUUAGGUAAAAAGUACGAAACUUCGAUUGAAGAUAAGCUGCUCGACGAAAUUGAGCAGAGUUGGAAAGCUCAAGCUGCUAAUCUCAAUAAGCUUAAGAACGAUCCUCUCAAGUCACAGCAGCUUAAGCGUGACGAUAAGCUCAUCAAAGGACCUGGAGAGACUCAAAUUGGGUUUCGUGUUCGUGUGACUAAUCUUCCUAAGAAGAAGAAUGUUCACAGAGAUCUUAAGGUUGCGUUUAAAGAAGUAAGUGGCGUUUUGAGCAUUACACCAGCUGUGUUAGGGAAUAAGAAGACUAAGGAUCCUGUUUGUAAGGGAUUUGCUCAUGUUGAUUUCAAAAGUGAGAUUGAUGCAAAUAGGUUUGUGAAACAGUUCAAUGGACAGAGCUUAGCAUUUGGAAAGGUUAUAAAGCAAAUCAAAUGUCAGGUUGUGGAGUUUUCUUCAGAUGAAUCAGUGUCAAAGGAAGUAUACUUUGAUAACGGCUUCAAGGUACAGAAACUUCCGUAUUCUGGUUUAGAAGCAGUUUCUGAUGCAGAUGACGUUGUUGAAGAAGAGGAGGCUUUCGUGGAUUCAUUGGAAGAAUCUGAUGAUUCAGAUGGAGAUGAAUUGGAAGUUGAAGAAGAUGAACCAAAUCAUAUCUCUGGUAGCGUAGAAUCUCCCGUAGAACUGAGACGUGAUUCGAAAACCGAGUUAAAGUCACAGAAGCAAGUUGUGGAGCAAGAGAGUAAGGAACAGGACGAAUUAGAAACACGUUUAGUUUCAUUCCAGGCAAUUAAAUCCGAGGAAGCUGUAGCAGGAACACGCUUGGAUGAUGAACAAUAUGAGGAAGCUGUAGCAGAAACAUACUCGGAUGAUGAACUCGAAAGGGCUGACGAAGAAGACGUUGCUGAAGAGGAUCUGGAACCUGUGAACAGUUUAAUGUCAUCCUCAGAAGAAAAUCGAGUAGAUAGAAUUCGCAUGCUGGAGCAGAAGCUUCUCGGUAAAGAAAAACUUUUGGGUGGAGGAACUGGCUUUGACAAACCAGAAGCAAAACCCGCUAGAGUUGAAGGGAAGAAGAAGGAGAAGAAGAAGAAAAAGAUUCUUGUGAAAGGGCAAGCUAAAAAGGGCGCAAAGAUAGAAAUCCCUGGAUCUUCAAAGAGGUUAAAGGUGAAGGAGAAGGCUCUCUUAACCGGUGUCUUAGUCAAGUAUGCUGCAAAAGUUGCUUCAACCUCGAAUGAUGAAUGAUCCGUGAUCAAUUUUUUUUGUUGAGAUAAUCUUUAUCAACUGCUAGUAGUGAGCCAUCUUCGUUCUGUUCUUGUAAAAGUGUUACAAGACCAAGAGAAGAACAGGAAUAGGGUAUAACGUUACUGUGAGGAACUGAGGAUAUGUUAUUUUCCUUGUGUCUUCUUCUUCGGGAAACAACAACUAGCGUAGAUUUCAUUAUCAGACAAAAAGAUAUUGAAACAGAGGAGAUAACCAGGGCUUUUCAAUAUCUUUACUAGAAACCAAGUUUACUCA